AUGUGGAGCAGGUUCACAGGCAAGACUGACGGCGGCUCGUCCGCCCCCAAGAAAGACGACGACGAAGCUCGCCGCCGCCGCAGCGACACUGCGCGAUCGAAGCGCGACCGCGGCUCGGACAUGAGGUCGGUCGUAUCCUCAGCUUCCACGCGCAAGCCGUCGUCGCGCCGCACCGACAGCACGCCCUCGACCAUUGCCUCGUACGCGACCGCCUUCGACGACACGCCGCGCGCCCGCGCGCCCACCAACGACCAUCUCUACCACGACCCCAGAGACGAGCGAUAUGCGCGCCGCGACGACGACGACGACGACGACGACGACGACGACGACGACGACGACGACAACGACGGCGGCCGAGGCGGCCGAGACAGGCGGUCCAGCUACGCCGAGUCGUCCGUCUCUCUGGCUCGCGACGGAAAAGAGCGCAAGAAGGAGAAGGAGAAAGAGAAGGAGAAGGAGAAGGAGAAGGAGCGCGGCAGCAAAGACGGCAAGAAGAGCGAAAAGCGAAAGUCGAUGCGCUCAGACCGGUCGAGCGUGUCGCAGUCGCAGUCGCAGUCGCAUUCACGGUCGCAGUCGCAGUCGCAGUCGCAAGCAGGCGGCUACCGGGGCGAAAUCGUCAACGAGCCUCGCGCGUUGAACCGCAGCUUCAGCGGGCAGAUUGGCAGCGAAGGCUUCUCGCAGUUCCCCGGCCAGGCAGGUGCGCCAAUGAUGAGCGGCGCACUGCCAGUUGGGCACCAGUACCCAGCCUCACCUCACAUGUCCAGCCAUGUGCAGGACCAGUUCCCCGGCCAGGACCCCGUGCAAUAUGCUUCGGGUGCCAUGCCCGGCCACAACGUCUUUGGUGCUGCCGCCGAGUUCUACAACGACCAGGGCCAGUCUGUAAACAACCAGCCUGGUGUCCGACCGCAACCGCCCUCAGUCAUCAUCGGCCAAGACACACCUCACCUCGUCGCUGCCUCAGCGCAAGCCAACCCUGUCGCUGAUACCGGCACAGGCUCGGCUGCUGAUUUCUAUGGUGGCAGCACAAACCCACCUGCAUCUGCACCGAAGCCGCCCCGACCCACUUCUAUGCCCGGCGCCUUCGUCGACGAUGGUAUAGCGACCCAGAACCCGCCACGACCAGACGGCUCCAAACCCAGCAAGACCAAUAGCUUCCCCACCACCGCCGCAGGCCUGGCUGGUGGAGCCGCUCUCGGCUAUGCCAUGGGCCACAGCUCUUCAAGUGCGCAAUACGCUACCAGCGCAAGCACUUCUCAUGUGCAUCACUCUACAUCAUACAACAACACCAACACCAGCACUCCUGGAGGUCCCGGUGGUUCAUCAUCGAUGUACUACCAAGCUGACCUGCCUUCCACCGCCGCCGUCAAUGGUAGUUACAGUAACAUUCCUGCCUACCAAGAAGCCACGGCAGAUGUGCCUCCACCAAAGCCACCGCGGCCAGGGAAGCCGGACAAGCACUCGAGCAGCUCGAACAUUGGGAUGUAUACUAUGGCAGGUGCUGCCGGUCUCGCAGCUUAUGGGCUGCAUAAUCAUAAUUCCCACCACACUUCUGAUCACGCUCACCACGCUCACACCCACACCCACACCCACAUUCAGAAUCAAACCCACGUAAUGCCUGGGGCUUUCCCUGGUCAGGGCUACACCGGUGCUGGUCCGUCGCCGAGCCCCUACAUGUCUGGUGGCAUGGCGCACCAACACCACCAUACCGGUCCUGUUUCGAAAUUCGUGGACUGGUGGAAAGACCAUGAAGAUGUCCAGAAGAUGGAGGAGUACACUGAAUACAUCGGUGUGUGCAGAUACUGCUUCGAUCCUCGCUCUUCCGUCUUGGAUGCGCCCCGCAAGCACCACUACUACGAUCGUAGACGGCGCUCAGACGAAUACGAUCGUCCUUCAGGGGGCAUCGAUAAAAAGUCUCGUUACGGCCUGAAGGAGAAGACCUCUCGCACUUCACUCCAUUCAUCUAGUGAUGACAAGCGUAAGAAGAGCAGCAGUGGUGCAGGGUGGCUAGCUGCAGGGUUAGGCGGCAUGGGUCUUGCUACCGCUGGCAAAGCAUUGUUCACCUCGGGUCGCAACGAUUUCGACGACACCUAUAGCAUCAAGUCCGGCCGUGACACUCACUCACGACAUUCGCGCCGCAGUCGCAGCCGGGAGUCUGAUCGCAACAAACGCUACAGCUACGGGAGCGCUGGUAUCCGUCAUCGCAGCCGUUCUCAGGACAGAGUUUCCAUCAUGUCAACAGGAAUUACCAAAGAACAGAAGGAACACAGGACCGUGAGGCGCCAUGGUUCGCGGUCGAGUUCCAGUUCUAGAUCACGAGACCGGAAGUCAGGUCUGGGUACGGCAAUCGGCGUUGGACUUGCUGGAGCUGCGCUCGGUGCCGCGGCCAGACGAAAGCACAGAAGUCACAGUCGUUCUAGGUCACCCCACAAGGUCGUUGUGCAGCACAGAAGAAACAGUAGUAGUGAGGACGAGCGCCGGCGCCGACGAUCACAACAACUUCGCCACAAAUCUUCGCGAAGCUCAGCAUCUGGCGCCUCCUUCAUCGACAUUUCUCAAGAGCAUCAAGCCCAAGGUGGUUUCCUAGGAGGCUUCUUUGCCGCCCAGCCACCGAAAGAGAAGCGUGCUAAGAGGGCAAGCUCGACGCACAAGACGAAGAAGAAGGGCUUUUUCAAUUUCGGUAACGGCUCGUCGUCGUCGUCAUCAGAAUCCGACAUGGCCUUUGGUAGUGGGUUCGUACGAAGGACCAAGACGAAGCGUUCGUCACAGAAUCUCAAAAAGCAAACUUCGGACGAACGUCUCAAGGCCACUUUGGCUGGGCUCGGCGCAACCGCAGCAGCCAUUGCAGUGGCUAAGGCCAAUCGACGUGACAUUGGCAAGCCUUUGCCUGAGGUCGUAGCGGUACGUGAACGUCGUAAUCGCCGCAGGAGUAGCGAUCGCCGUCGACCAGGAGCUAGCUCACAGUAUGGCGACGACGAGUGGGAAGACCUGCCUGACGAUGGCACGUCGUCAUCCGCGAGUGAUGGCGGCCUUGUAUAUGGCGAUCUUGACUUGCGCAAGACUCAGAGUCGCGAGUCGCUCAACUCCAAUGGCUCAGGUACAAACAAGUGGGGUUGGCGAUGGGGUUUUGGCAAGAAGAAGAGGCGAUCGUCUGACAACCUUUACGACAACAUUGCAAGCACACCACUCGCUCGCCCCGCUGCUGCCGCUGCGGUAGGGGCCGCUACCGCGACUGUAGCUGGUUCACGCUUCUCACAUCAUGAUAGUGAGUCAAGCAGCCAGCACACGCUGCAGACGGUGUACCCUGUCGCCUCGAGCGAUCCGACUAGUUUCGAUGCCAGACGCACAAGCUCAAUCUCCACGCCUCAGGCUCUCAUCACUACCGGUCCCGGUGCGGUCAGCCUGCAGCAGCCUCAACCAAUGCACCAAGUCCCAGGAUCCAUCUAUUCUACCCAACCCACGUCUCAACAAGGCUAUACUACUCCUACUGGACCUCCAGUCUUCUCGCAAGUACCCAUACCUCCUCCCUACCCAACGCAGGCUCAAGCUCAGAAUAUCAUCAUCAACAAUCAUCAAUAUCCAGCACCUCCAGCACUGCCACGUCGAGCAAACUCAUCCCCCGUCCAAAAAUCAUCGUGGAAGCGUGACGCAGCUAUCGCGGGCCUUGCCGUAACCGCUGGUGCAGCUGCCAUCGCCGCUGCCAAGGGCAGUGAUAGUGAUCGCCCCUCUAGCGCACAGAGUAACGUUCGCUUCAAUUUGACCAAGGAGCAAGCCGCGAAGGAUGUUCGCGAGCGACGCAAGGAGCAAGAGCGACGAGACGAGGAAGAAGAGCAACGCCGCGCUCAGCAGCAAAAGGAAGAUGAUCUACGCAGAGAAGAAGAUGAACGUCGCCGUCGCGAAGACGAACUUCGUGCGGCUGAAGACGAGCGGCGGCGUGAAGAACUUCGUAGAGAAGAUGAGCUGCGUCGAGCUGAAGACCUUCGUCGAGACGAGGACGAGCGCCGCCGCCGUGAGCUACAACGCCAGCAGGAGGAAGCCCGGAAGUUCAUGGAGGUGGGGCGCCUUGCCAAGAUCGAGACAGACCGAAUCGAGGCAGAGCGCCGUCGUCAGCACGAUGAGAUGGUUGCGCGUGAGACUAAAGAAGCAGAAGAUCGCGACCGUCGAGAACGCGAAGCUCGAGCAGAAAUACAGCGCAGAGAGGCAUUGGAGCGGGAAGAAGAGCAAAGACGUAGGGAGCGCCACGAGGCUGAUGCGAUAGAAGCCGAGAGACGUGAAGCCGAGAUUCGAGCAGACAUGGACCGUCGACGACGCGAGCAAGACGCUGCCGAUCGGUACAAUAGCGACCGCGAUCGACAAAGGCUGGAUUACCAGCCUACAGGAAGCUCAGUCAGCUCCGUGGCCACCGAUGUUCGGCGCAAAGAGCAGGAAUUACAAGACCGUGAGCGUGAUCUUGUGAAGCCGGACAACUGGAAAUCCACUGCAGCAAGUGCUGUAGCUGCAGGUGCCGUUGCAGCCAUCACAAGCGCAGCAAUCUCGUCACACAAGAACAUUAACAAAGAACGAGACCAGCGUCGUGAGAAUUGGCGCCAUACCUCGUCUUCUGAGAAGGAGGUCGAACAGUCCUACCAAGCGUACAAGCCCGGUAAAGCAAGCGAGUAUAAGCCAACCAACGUCAAGUCAUAUGAGCCGAGCUACGCUCAAAUUGAACCGAGCAAGAUAGCUCAGGACUAUGCUGACGAGGACAUCUUUGACCCCACCAUAUUCAAGAAGAAAGAGACAACUCAGGAUAUCUUCAGGGACUGGGAAGACAGAUACACCGCCAAGCCAGUAUCCCAAGCUGACUUCUUCGCACCCAAGGAUCUUCUGGAGAACGAUAAUCUGCCCAAAGUUCGUCCUAUCGAUCCCAAUGAAGGCGCUCCUGACCUCCAUGUUUAUGAGUCGCUCGACGAUUAUGGAGCCAGCCAACCCAAAGGUCCACCGUAUCCUCCCUCUUACUCCUUUACCGCGACUAGAGACGGCCGUGGGCCGAGAACACCAGACCCAGUUCCGACAUUGAACCUGAUUCAAGCGACCCCUCCUGGUAGCAGGGCGCCCUCGAUCCGCAGCGUCUCUAUGCCAUCCUCACCCAACAUUGAGCCCGUGGAGGAUAAGGAAGACCCGAGACCGAAGAACGCGCCAUCAAGAGUCAGCUGGGGCGAGAAUCAAUUUCAUCACUUUGACGUACCAACUCCUGAAUCCUACAAGGAGCAAUUCAUUUCGGAUCGAGAACUGAAAGAGCAUGACAAGCAGUACUCUCAAGAUAAGAUCAUUGUAGAGCGUGACUCGCCCGAGUCUGGACCGAAGACAACUACCCACCAGCCCUACAACGGUGCUGAGUCCAAGACACCGAAGCCAAAGGACGCUGCACCAAGUACGCAGUAUAUUUCUGACAAGAAAGACGAACCCACUUGGGACAGCAUUGAAGGCGCCAUGUCCAGGAAAUCUAGUAAAAAAGAGAAAAAGCAGAAGAAGGCUGCCGCAGCGGCUGCCGUCGCUGCAGGUGCACUCACUGCAGCAGCAAUCGCUCAGAACGACAAAGAUGACGACCCUAGUGAUUGGGACUACAAGCACAUGGACAACCGAUCGACUAUCAGCAACCCAUUCUCUGACUCGAAGGCCGCACGAUCAACUAUUGCUGCUAGCACUGUCUCAUCUAUUCCGUCGAUGGGCGAAGCUUACAAGUCACCGUCGCCGUACUUCGACUACAUCACCGAGUCCGAGACAGGUCUGUCUUCGACCUCAAAAGCAAGAGAUACCAUGCCUGACAUGCGCAACGUCACAGUCGUACCGGAUGAGCUGCACAUGCCGGGUGAAUUUGUUGAGUCGCCUGCGAUCAAUAAGUUCAGCGAACCUGCAAAGAAGGUUAUGGCCGAGGAAGACUGGAUCGCUUCAUCGUCAAAGAAACGCAAAAAUGGUAAGAGAAAGAGUGAUGACACUGACAAAGAGACAGCACUGCCUAACGUUUUGCCGCGAGUGGAACCAGAGCCAGUCCGAGCCCGUGAGCCCCUGCAGGAAGAGAGCUUACGCACUAUGAGCAAGGAGCUGCAGAGAAGGGAGAAGGAGGCUAAGCGCAUGAGCAUGAUGAGUGUACAAAGCUGGGAAAUGAGUGAUGACAGCCGGCCAUCAAGCCCAGUUGCGGAGCACGACAUCAGGGAUAUUGAACCUCUGCGAACCGUUGAACCAAGCUACAACGCCCCACCAAGAGACCUUCCCAGUGCUUCGGAAGUGUCAAGUUACAACUGGGGAGCUAGCGACGACACACAAUCGUCAACUUCGGUCUCUACUGUUGUGCCCUACCCUCGCCCUACAUCCGUCGAGGAAGCACGAGCCAUGGAGACGUCAUCUUCUGGUGACGUGCCCGCACGACCGAAAGAGGUGUCAAACUCCAGAGAUGCUCCCCGACAUGGUGAGAGCGACAUCGGCAGUAGCUACAGCAAAGCCACCUCUGCUGCUCUUGCUGGAGGGUUUGCCGCACUCAUGGGCGCUUCUACGAAACAGGAUCAAGACCGCAUAGCCGCUGAGCGCGAACAUGCUAGGCAAGCCUUGGAGGCUGCCAGUAAUCAUGACCCUCGUCGAGAAGAGCCAAGGCCUCCACCCAACGGCACACGGUUGCCCGACAACAACGACCAGACUAUCACGAUUCCCAGCUAUGCAUUUGAAAAUGGCGAGGAAUCAGCUGAUGUUAAGACACCUCGCCGCAAGCCAGAGAAAAGGCACAGUAGUGGCAAAUGGUCACCCUCUGUUGGCUCUCCGCUAAGGUCUGAAAUGAGGUAUGACGACUAUCUAGGUCGGGAGGUCAGGUACACUUCGCCUGAACAGCACCGUGUCGAAGCCCCCAGGAUUCCCACUCAAUCUUCCUUCAUACCUGCACCUGAGCCUCCAACGUCACGCAACAUUCAAGACUCUGGAUACUACGCUCCUGAUGAUCAGCCACGUAAGGAGUCUGUGGAGCGGGACUCUGACGAGUUCUUCUCUGCCGGCUCCGAAGAGAGGGAGAGGGAGAAGUCAGAGAAGGCUCGUGAGCAGAUGAUUGACAGCUACAACGCAUAUCAGCCUCCCAAAGCACGAAGCGAUUACGAUGAGACCAGUACUUAUGUAACUGCGUUUAGUCGACCAGAUGAUGAGUCGGAGAGGACUCGCAACGAUCUCAUCAACGCGUAUAACGCAUACGAGCCUUCUUCGCGAAGCCAGCAUGAUCAGGAUGAUACAAGCACGUUUGUCUCUGCAUUCAGCCGACCUGAAGACGACACAAGUACCAUCAUUGCCUCAAGAACCAAGCAUGACGGUGACGAUGAUGUGCGGUCGACAGUCUCCUCCAGAAGCAAGAACGAAGAGGACCCAGAUCGCGAAGAAAGGCGUCGUCGCCGGCGUGAGGCAAAGGCAGCCCAGUCUGGCAGUCGCGAACAGAGCCGUGAUCGAGGCUACGAGUUUGACGAUGGCAGCGAACGCAAACGCAGCCACCGCCGCAAGCAUGCUGACGAGAGUGGUUACAUCUCGGAUACAAAGUCUACCGUAUCUGAGGCGCGCUCUGAAGCCAACAGUGACCGUAGACGCAAACACAAACGGAGAGAGAGUGAAAGAGAUGGAUCAACUGAGAGCAGAGUCCGAUCGCGGUCCUCCGCUGCGUCUGAGCCUAGUGACCCGUACGAUGCGGAACGCAGAUCUUCACGCAGGAAGUCAAAGCGAGACGACGACUUCGAUGAUGGUGCAUCCAUGGUCUCCACUUCCUCGCGCCGUGACGAAGAUCGGAGCAGCAGACGGAGAGAGGAGAAAGAGAAGGAGAAGCGCUCAAGUGGUCUCUUUGGCCUCUUUAGCAGCAAGUCAAAGGAGAACCUGGCAGAGUCCAGCAAGUCGUCCAAGUCCAAGUCUAGAGAUGACGAAGACGACGAAGAGCGCAAGCAUCGCAGAAGAAAGCAUAGGUCAGACCGCGGCUCUACGUACGGCUCGGACGAUGAUGACGCAAAGUCGACCAUCUCGACGAGCAGUCGCAGUCACCGCGAGAAGAGGAGUAGCCGCUCUGAACGAGGGGGCGAAGAUAGAGACAGGAGGGACCGGGAUGAUGAAAAGGUACAUCGCUCUUCCUUGCGAUAG